CGCUCAAGUUGGCAGUCCCCAAUUGCCACCAGCCGAUACAGGCCUGCCCGCGCCGCCGCCGCCUUAUCCUCCGCUGCGAGCUUCCGCCCCAAGGAUGAUGCACAACAAUCCCACAGAUCGUAAGAGGAAACGAGGAGCUUUAGAAGACAUCAGUAAUACACACAAAGCGUCCGCGCCGUCCACGCGGAUGUCCACACGACUCAAUGUCAAAGGCGCCGGUGCCCCUCAAUUAACGCAGUCGCAAACCUCCGAGUCCAGCACCCAGUCCACAUCCCCGAGCCAGGAAGAUCACGAUGCUCCAGUCGGCGUCGUGUCGCCAAAGAAGAAAAAAAUUCACCAGGAUGCUCCUGUCCUCGACGCUGCCUCAGGAGUCGUCUCGAGGAGAUCCGCGACACUCUCACGACAGAAGUCAUUUGAAUUUCAGACAAAAGACCUCCGAGACCGACAACGCAUGUUCGAUGUGCGCACGAAUGCAUUAAGUUCGGAGUAUGAUGUGGAAGUGUACGUCGCGCAAGUGGGCAUGAUCGAUUCCAAGGAAGACGAUGCGAUGGCCCGCGAGAUUGACAAGUACCAUCGCUCUCACGAACACAAAUACCGCGUUCAAAACGACUUUCUGUCCGAUGUGAAAGAUGGUGUCAAAAGUGACAUUAAUUGUCGCAUGAGGGGCAUCCUUGUCGAUUGGCUCGUCGAAGUUGGCGAAGAAUACAAGCUCGUACCGCACACGUUGCACUUGGCGAUUCACCUCGUUGACAGAUGCUUGUCCACGAUGCGAUUGGCGCGCGGAAAGCUGCAGCUCCUUGGAUGCGCAUGUAUGAUGCUCGCGUGCAAGUACCAAGAAGUCGUUGCCCCCAGCAUCGAAGAUUUCAUCUACAUCAGUGACCACACAUACACGAACGAAGAAAUGCUGGCGAUGGAAGCAACUGUGCUGGAAGCGCUCGAGUACAAGAUCAGCGGCACCAAUGUGUACCAUUUCCUGGAGCGGUUCAUUCUUGCAGGCUGCACAUCCGACGUUCAGCGGCAUUUCGCACAUUACUUGAUGGAGCUUGCGGCCGUGGACUAUUCUAUUACGAUCACGUACCCGCCUUCGAUUCUCGCCGCAUCCGUCGUAUAUAUGACUCGACUCGUCACGGAGGAGAAGAGCCCUUGGACGCCCACGCUGCACUACUACACCAAGUACAACGCUGUUCAAAUCGUGGAGUGUGCGACGCAUCUGUACAAGAUCCACAACGCCGAGUACCAAGUGCUGUUGACUGAUCCGGAGAAAACACGAGCGAUCACAGACAAGUAUUCCCAACGAUCGCACGCGCGGGUUGGCAAAUUGGCACCAGUGGCCCCUCCGUCGACGCUGCAGUCGCCAUGAGCACCAGGGAAAUGCUACUCGAUCUACCAACGUGGUCACAUCCUUCAGCCUCAACGACGCUGCCAAUCGCGACCCAUAUUUCUUAAUCUCAACCCUGGUUGACCCAUUCACACGUCCCUAUCGGCCCUGGCCCAGCUG